AGCGCAGCCAUGUUUUUGUACGGUGGCGGCGCAAAGCACGCUGGGUCCGAUUGGUUUGGUUUUGAAGGCGUGGACGGCGGGAACUCAACCUUGGCCUGGGUGAGCGAGAGAAGAGCAAGGACAUCUGGGUCCCUAUUAAGGCUUGCCUGCACAACUUCGUAGGAAGGCCGGUGGGAAUCCGAGGAGAUGGAGUGGGCGAAUGACAAGUCCAAAGGAGGUGUUUUAGUUCACUUGGAAAGACUAGAGACUCAAAUGAGCAGAUCCUGUAAAAACUUAGAAGAUCCGCCGAGAGAGACAGCAGAGAGCGAUCUUGGGACCAAGAUUCAUAAACUGAGGUGUCUGCGUGAUAAGCUCAGGGCUGAAGUGAAACAGCGUCAAGCCAGAAUUAAAGCAUCUACUGCCAAUGCAGAACCCGACCAAACAUUGGAGAUCAGUGAGCAAGAAGCUGUGGGAGGAAAAGAGGAAAAUAUGAAAGCCAUUUUGCAGGCAUAUCGUUUUACAGGGCUCAGUGGGAAACGGACCAGCCGAGGGGUCUGUGUCUGCAUCAGCACUGCUUUUGAGGGAAAUUUGCUGGAUUCCUAUUUUGUCGACCUUGUCAUACAGAAGCCACUUCGGAUACAUCACCAUUCAGUUCCAGUCUUCAUUCCCCUAGAGGAGAUAUCUGCAAAAUACUUACAGACUAAUAUUCAGCACUUCCUGUUCUGUCUCUGCGAAUACCUAAAUGCUUACGCUGGGAGGAAGUACCAGGCAGAUCAACUUCAGAGAGACUUUGCAGCCUUUCUGGCUGGGCCCUUGCAGAGAAACUCGCUGUGCAACUUGCUGUCGUUUACUUACAAAGUGGAGCCACAGGGUCGGUCGUUCCCAUUUUGUGCUAGACUGCUGUAUAAGGACCUCACGACAACCCUUCCAACUGACGUCACCAUUACGUACCAAGGGACGGACGCCUCAUCCACUUCAUGGGAAGAACAGCGAGCAUCCCAUGAAAAUCUGUUUUUUACGAAGCCCCUGCAUCAAGUGUUUACUUCGUUUGCAAGAAACGGAGAAAGGUUGGAUAUGAGCCUGGUCUCCUAGAAUAUUAUUUUCACUGAGAACAUGUCAAAAGUAAAAGGAAAUAUUGCACUUUCUGCUCUCAUGACUAAGGUGGCAGGGGUUCCAGAAGAACCUUUCAAGAUUAUCAGGAACAUCAGCAUGAGGGCCGGUUCACCUAGCCCGGACCAUAUGGAGACCAGCAGCUCUCCAGCCUGAAAGAGGCCUUCCACGUGUGCGCCAGGGAGAGCAGCUGGCCGCUCGGUUGUCGAGUCCUGCCAGGUCCUCGUCCGAAGCACAGCUCUCCCACCUGUGCUCCCAGCCCCGCAGCAAAGGCAGCUCUGUCCCACCUCGGAUACGUUCCCGCUCACAGUGGCCGUGGCCUCUCUGGGGGAAGGAGGGCUGGUCAGACCCGGGCUCUGGAAGGAUUGUUCCAGUACUAUGCCUAAGACCCCUACUCUCUGAGGAAGCUACAGGCACGCUGAGGAAUAGUAUGGCCACCCUCAGAGCUCACGUAUCCAUGAACAAAUGAAGGCUUGAGAUUUUUAAACCUAAAGUCUAUGUGAGUGUGCACUUCCAGCAGUUUGGGCAGGUUGGGGCUUGGUCAUUUGUCCUUUCCCAAGGCCUUUCUUUGAUUCCAAAAAACAGAUUCUCCCCUCCCAUUUGGACUGUUGUGGGGCUCGCGGCCAUUCAGGAGUUGUCCACCACCUGGUGGGGCAGGGUGACCGAGGAGCCGUUAGGGAAGACAGCUGGCUUCUCCCGCCCCUUCAAGAAAAAGGUUAGCAGCUCCCCCUUCCCUUUCACAAAGAUGGGCCCUCGCCUCACAAAGCGGAAGCCGUACUCCCGAAGGAUGGCUUGUGUUUCUUCCACCACCUGUGGAGGGAGAACAUAGCGUGAGCUCAGCUGCCCAGAGGGUGUCCACAUGUGGCCCACAGGCCCCAGUCAGCCCGCCUGGAGUGUUGUUCUCCAGAACUGUUGGGCUCAGCCCCUUAUCUGCAUGCCAGCAGGCACAGAGUGGACAGUGGCAGGAUGCGGGGUUGCCUAGGGCCUUUCCCUCUCCCAGUGACCGUGCUCCCUGUCCCCAGAAUCACUCUGUUUUGUCUCUUCUCCCCACUCUGGCGCUUUCCUGCCAUGGGGGUGGCUUCAGGGUAUUGGCUGUUGGCACAAGAUGUAGUUCAUUCCAAGAGGCAGGACAGCCUUACCAGAAACUUUAAACUUUGGAAAUGGGGUCGAAGUAUUUCCUCCCUUCUCCUGAGGCAUCCCUUUCCACCCUUGCCUUUAAUCUUCCAAAAACACCAACUUGAUAACGUGGGCCAACAGAAAGGAAGCAGUAGCAUGUGGCAAAGCACCCCCUAUUCUGACUUUGUUCCCGGUCCCUGGGUCUGAGCACAUGCUUGGCUCUCGCUGGACAUACCUGAAUGUUACCCAUGACCCCUGUGGACUCCAUCCUGCUGGCUACGUUGACCGUAUUGCCCCAGAUGUCAUAAUGUGGUUUCCGGGCUCCAAUGACCCCAGCCAGUACCCCUCCUUUGUUCAUGCCUGGUGUAGAAGCAUAAAAUUAAGCACAGCCACAUGUCACAUUUUGUCAUCAUCCCAUCUCAGAAGCCAUCAACUCCUCCCCCAGAGAAGUUACCACCCGACCCCAACCACAGAGCUCCUAAAUCUGUAACAUUACUCCUGAAGCUUGUCUCUAAGCCACCAGAGGGCAGGCAUGUCUCCUGUUUAUCCUGUCCUUGGCAAAUGUCAGCUGUCCCCAAUAUGCUAACUAAUGUAUGCAGUGUGGAAGUUGACAGUUGCAACACAUAUCUGGUACUUCCAAGUGUCUUGUGACCUCACCCAGGAGUGAGGACCCCACCCCCACCCCCAAUAAGGGCAGCAGGUGACAUUAACUCCUAACAGGCUGGACAAAGGCAGCAAAGGCCUGGGCAGGCACACAGGACUGCUUGGGGAAAUAUCCUGACUUCCCAGCCGGACUCCUAAGGCAUGCUUUUCACGGUCAACAGUACAGGACAGACCGCUAACCAUCAUUUUGUCAGAUGUGUGGUCUGAACAUCUGGAAGAGAUCCCUGAGGUCCCAAAGCUGUGACCAUGUGGCCUUCCUCAACCUAAAUGCCUCAGGGCUAAGUCCUCUUCCCUCCUGAUGCGCUGAGUCCCUUGUGUCAGAGGAACACAUCGAGGAGCAGACAAGCCUGAAGCCCUUACCUAUGCGCAGCAUGAAGUUGUUGAAGGACUGGUUGUUGAUGUUGGUGAGUGUGUCCUUCAUGGCCAGAGCGAAGUCAGCCAGGUCAGCCAGGUGCUGCCAGCGCUCCCGGUCAGACUUUUCCUCCUGCGCCAAGGAGCGGCCGUGAGGGCAGCAGGAGCCAGCGUGGGCACCUUCCUCCCCUUCACGGUAUUAUUGAGGUGAGUUCCUACAGCUACGUGUUAAAGGCCUUAUUCGCCACUUCCUCCCACAGACAAGUCCAUGACCUCUGCCUCUGUGUGUCACUGACGCUUCACCUGGGUCCCUUUGGAUCCAGGGCAAAGCCCGGGCAGUGGUGGGGAAGACACGUCCUGUCAAGUCACUUCCUGUCUGCCAUGUAGCAGAUCAAUCCUGCCUCAUCACCACCUUGCCCGAACCUGGUCUUAUAAUUUUGAGAUAGCUGUCCUCACUUUGAUUCCUGAGCUAGAUUAUAAGCACUGGAAGGUCAUGAACCAUCUUAGAUGCAUUUCUUUAGCCUCAUCCAUAGAAUGGAGACGGUAGCAACACUUACAUAGUAUAGGACAGUUAUAAGACAAAACAGGAUGAUAGCAGUGUAGGAAGAGCUCUUGGGACCAGGGCCCCCACAGCUCCUCUCCUCCUCUGGAACGAGCUAGCUAAAUGGCUAGGUCCACAGGUCUGAUUCAACAAGAGGACAGGCCGACGCCAGCCGGUGAGCUCUGAAGACCCCUCUUCUAUAAUAAAACUGCUUCCAAUCUGGAUGUCGUCAUUGUUACAUAAUUGUGUGGAUGGUUUCCACUCCCUGGUUCUUUCCAAAGUAUAGAACACGAAGGGAGCAUGGCCACAGUUGAAGCAGCUUACACCCGGGUUAAGCUGUGCAGCAAUGGAGGGGUUGUGUGUCCUAUUUCUCUGCUCAUUAAACUUUGCCAAUAAACCUGAUUUUAAAUUUGCA